CCAUCAUUGACUUUGCAUGCAGUUCCUCGGAACUUCAGGUUGCUUGAAGAGCUUGAACGAGGAGAAAAGGGCAUCGGAGAUGGGACUCUAAGCUAUGGUAUGGAUGAUGGAGAUGACAUUUACAUGCGCUCCUGGACAGGAACAAUAAUUGGUCCUCUUAACACCGUACAUGAGGGUCGCAUCUAUCAGCUGAAAUUAUUCUGCGACAAGGACUACCCCGACACACCUCCUAGCGUCCGAUUCCAUUCACGCAUCAACAUGACUUGUGUCAAUCCUGACACUGGAGUGGUAGAUACAAGAAAAUUUUUGGUCCUGGGGAACUGGCAACGCGAUUACACAAUGGAGUACAUUCUAACGCAGCUUAAGAAGGAAAUGGCGGCAUCGCAUAACCGUAAGCUUGUCCAGCCACCGGAGGGCACUUACUUCUAAUAUCUCACUGUUGCAAAUUAAGGUCCAAGUUCUUGUAUCGAUUCAAGAAGCAACGAACCGAAUGUUUAUUUCGUCAUGCUUGUGGUGGACGAUUCUGCAUGGUUAUAUGUCUGACAAUGGCACUUCAACUGUUGACGGGUCGCUGGUGUGUAUUACAUCCGAACCAGAAGAAACUAAAGUGGUGUCUCGGACCGUGCUCUUUUCUGGAUAAACGCACCAACUCUGUUGUAGCUUAGACCAUCUUAUUACUGGAAAUCAAUGGAGUUAUUUCUA